AUGCACGUAUUAUGCAGCAGAGCAAAUCGUAAACGUACGAUUCACAGCCCGUUCUGCCUUCGGUUACUAAAGGUUACUAAAGCUGCCGACGGCCUGCACGAAAUUAUUGUCGACCUGAAGGCACUGAAGGUGUCGGACGGUAAGGCCGGCUCGCCCGAUGUGGUGAUCAACCUGAAGGAUGAGGACUUUAUCGCCAUCGGUACGAAGCAGGUCCCGGUAAAGGAUGCCGUCGCCCAGGGCAAGGUGUCGAUGACCGGUGAUCAGAACCUGUUCCAGGCGCUGGUCGAUGCGAUCUAA